AUGUCUACAUAUGGGUGCGUACUAGAGCAUCUCAUAAGAACUAUAGUUGGGUCAAAACGACAUGAAACACGGACCGCUGCGCAAGCGGCCGCGCUCGGAAGCGGUGCGGUGACAGCGGCUGGAAUCGAGGUGGGACCAUGGCGAACAGCAGAGAUGCAAUUGGAGGAGAAGACUCCACAAAAACGCCCUUUGUCUUUCUCCGACGAUAGCUACGAGUGGGACAGCAUUCGCGAUGAUGUUCCAGCUGACAUGGGAUGGAAUUCGAUGAAACGUGGAACAAUUAGACAUGAUGAGGACAGCAGUCUGCUGUUCUCUCCUAACGAUUUCUCUAUCGAGUGGGUUCCUAGCGGACAUAGGAGUGGUGGUCGUCGCUCUAUAAAAAGAAGGAAAUUAGAUCCGAACGUUACUAUCCCUGUUCAGAAACCGAAGAGCGAGCAUACUUGCGAAUUUUUGGAGGAGGGCGAUCGAGAAGUUGCAAGGAAUAUAAUCGAUUCCAUUUCCACUUCUGCGGGGACGUUUGAAUUUGAAAGAGCCACUAACGACUCGUACGCUCGUCUCUUGCCAUUUCCAGCUGGCAUAUCCGACGAGAAAAUAGUUCGAGGUGAUUGGCAGCUGGAUCAUUCUCAAUGCAAAUUGGAAUCGCUCCUGUCCGGAUCUCCUUCAAAAAUAUGCCGAGAUGUUUCUUUUCCACCUUGGAAAGCAGCUCAGCGUAAGGAACGUAAGUACGAGGUGCUACAUGUAGAUCGUAGUGCAAGGAUGGAAGAUAUAUCAGUUGAGGAAGGCGAGUUUUCAUGGUCAACACUGGAAAGUAUCAUCAAACAUCGUUUCAUUAACAUGGACCCUACCGGAAGGUACUCGAUUGCUAAGCGUAUUUCUGAAAUGUUGGAUGAGAAACCUGCAUCUGCUAACACUUCUGGUUAA